ACACAGAACACAGAAUGGCUUGACGGCCCUGGUACAUCUGCCUUUCUCUGCCGUUUCUACCACAUUUUAUCUAUGAGUUACUUCCGUCGCUGUGUCGAUUUUUCUUCAGCGAAUGUAGGAGACAGGAAAAAUACAAACCAAACCACCAAAAGUGCAACUGUCUCCCCUCAUAUUUCGAAACGUUUGCCAACGGGUCUGCGACGCUGUGGGGUUCGCAGGAAGCAACUGCACCUUUUAUCCCGAAACUUCAUCUUGGUUUCGCUAAUGAACACAGUCACCUGUACACGUUGAAACUCAAACAUCACAGUAGGUGGUUUUAAGUUAUCACGACUUGGUUAAAAGUGGCUGGAAAGGAUAUUUUAACGCCACUAGUGAAGGUGUAAUUACUUAACACUUGCAACAUGGCUGCUGUGGGAACGGCAGUGAGAAAAGUUUGACACUGACGUGGGAGAAGUUUUAUGCGAAUGCUAGUGGGUACAUGAGUUGUUGGCCAGAUAAUAAAGUCGUCAGCAGUCUCCUCCAGCCUGGCACCGCUUUCCCCGGACUUACAAACCAGUGGAUAAACCGUGCGAGAGCCUCCUCCUCCUCUGUAGUCACCGCCGACAGUCACUGCAGUGGACUUUGUGGGCAAACUGUGGUGUCUUCUUCUCCAUCGUAGGCUGUGCUGGCGUUGAAGGACUUGUCGACAGGCAGCAGGCUGUGUGUUUCGAGCCAAAAUGCAUUUUUCCAUACCCGAAACGGAGGUUCGUUCGGGAGAAAAUGGAUCAACCUAUGUGGCCUACAACAUCCACGUCAAUGGGGUGCUGCACUGUCGGGUACGCUACAGCCAACUUCUCGGCCUCCACGAACAGAUAAAGAAAGAAUAUGGCAGCAAUGUGGUGCCUGCGUUCCCUCCAAAGAAGAUCUUCACCCUGACUCCUGCUGAGGUCGAACAGAGACGGGAGCAGCUGGAGAAAUACAUGCAGGCUGUGCGUCAGGACCCCUUGCUCGGAGCCAGUGAGAUGUUCAACAGCUUCUUAAGGAAAGCACAGCAGGAGACGCAGCAGAUUCCCACAGAAGAAGUCUCUCUAGACAUCUGCCUCUCCAACGGUCAGAAGGUCACAGUCAACAUUCUGACUUCAGAUCAGACGGAGGACGUCCUUGAUGCUGUUGCAACAAAGCUCGACCUUCCAGAUGACCUUGUUGGUUACUUCAAUCUCUUCCUCGUACGUGAAGGUGUGGACGGAGGCUUAACGUUUGUGCGGAAGCUGCAGGAGUUUGAGCUGCCUUAUGUAUCCAUUACCAGCUUGCGGAGCUCUGAAUUUCACAUACUCCUACGGAAAAGCUACUGGGACAUGGCGUACGAUGGUGAUGUCAUGGACAACAGAGUCGGCCUGAAUUUGCUGUACGCCCAGACAGUGUCUGACAUUGAGCGAGGCUGGAUACUCGUCAACAAAGACCAGCACAGGCAGCUCAAAUCACUGCAGGAGAAAGGCUCCAAGAAAGAAUUCAUCCAUCUAGGUCAGACUCUCAAAUAUUACGGCUAUAUCAAGUUUGACCCUUGCAUCACUGACUUCCCCGAGAAGGGCUGCCAAGUCAUUGUCAGCGCCGGCAACAACGAGCUCAACUUCCACGUCAAGCUGCCCAACGAACAGAUGAAGGAGGGGAGCUUCAAGGUCACGCGCAUGAGGUGUUGGCGAGUCACGUCUUCUCAAGUCCCGAUAGCCAACGGCACCACCAAUCCCUGCAGCUCGUCCAAAUGCGAGGUCAAACUGGAGCUGGCCUUCGAGUAUCUGAUGAGCAAGGACCGCCUCCAGUGGGUCACCAUCACCAGUCAACAGGCCAUCAUGAUGAGCAUCUGCCUUCAGUCUAUGGUGGACGAAUUAAUGGUGAAGAAGUCGGGCGGCAGCAUUAAGAAGAUGCUGAGGAAACGACACAACGGCUCCAUCCACCGGUCAGACAGUCAGCAAGCUGUGAAAUCUCCCCCUCUACUGGACUCCCCUGACCCGAACCGUGAACAGAUCGUCAAACUCUCAACCAAGCUGAGCUCGGUGUCUCUCCGAGGGAUCAGCGCUUCCAACUCAGCAAACGACAUCAGCGGCAACGAUUUCCACGGCAACUACGCCUUCGAAGGAAUCGGCGACGACGACCUGUAACCUCUGACUCGCCCUCCUCCCCCCUCUUCAUUCCACUGUCAGCGACUGGGACGACAAAGAUUAUGAGCUGAGCUGAGCCGAGCCGAGCGGGCCACACACGCCUCCGAUUCUGCAAGAUUGUAGCUUCUUCCUGGAGAAAUCGCUGCCUUAAGCUCUCAUUUAAUCUUUGACCGUGUCCUUUUUCUUUUAGACUCUUAAGCGCUCAUCUUGAUUUGUAUUUUAGUCACAAUCAUCAUAGUCGAUUUAAAGUUCGUCCCUAUGUUAUUAAACUUGUGGCGACAUACGGUAAAUAGCAUGUAAAGCUGCAGGUACGCAAAUAGGGGAUGCUUUUUAUAUCUUACCGACAAAUUCCUUCUUCUGUUUCAUUCUGUUCCUGUUUAAUGACAGUAUAUGUGAAGUUCUAUAAUGCAGUUAAAUUCAUGAGGUACAAAGUAAAUUAAUAUAUUAUAAACUACAUGAAGAAAACCUGCUCGAUACUGGAUUCUUCCCCCGUGGUGGCUGCAUGUUCCUUUCCGACCUGAGAGCCAAAUGUUUAGUUCGACCUGGCACUAGUGAUACUACAGCAGGACUGGACACGGAUAGUUCUCAAAGUGAGUCCAGUGAAUGUGUUGGAAUUGAUCUCUAAACUGUAGACUAUUCACAACAACUGCUUACUUAUAUGGAUAAUAGAUGUUUGGCUUGGCUGCAUACCAAAAUGUCUUGUUUUUAUACUGUUAGUGAUCCUCUGUGUUUCAUGCUACUCAUGUGCCAAGUCAGUAAAUGUCUCAGCAGGAUACCAGUGGUGUUUUCAGCUUACACGUGAGGCACAGUCACUCAUGCUGCCUUCAGAAAUAGUCUGAUGCCUUAAAGGGGAGCUCCGGUAUUUUUAAACUUGGAACCUAUUUUAACACGUUUUAGUGUCUAACAACAGUUUUUGAAACUGAUCAGUAUUGACAGAGCGCUGCAGCUGGCAGCCAUGAAACAGGCUACAAUGUAACCACUCGAGCAGGUGUGCGUCGUCAGAUUACGUCUAUUCAGAGUGCUUUUUUGCCACUGACAGGCUCAGGUUAUCAUUCUAAUUGUCACAAUAUUACAGACCCUACAGAGGAAUGAAAUGUUCUUAUGUACCUUUUGCUUUUUGUGUCCAAGUCUUGCUGAAGGAGAGGUCUCGUUGUGAAAUCUCAUGAGGUGACUUGUUGCAGAAAGAAAAUGGUGGAAAGGAGUGCUGUCAAUACUUUGCUGUGAUGGAGCACAGAAAGCAUACCUUACGAUCAACUAUGUCAUGGCUAAAUAUUUAGCUGAUUUCGACAGUGUAAGAAAGUCUGAGAUUUUAGAACAAGACUUGCCUUUAGAGAAAUGAAACAUUUUCUGUACUUUUAGUUAUAUCUCGCUAAAAAGACGUCUCGUUGUGAAAUCUCAAAGAUCUUUUCAGGUUGUUUAAGCCUGCUAAAUAUUCAGCCAUGACAUUGAAAAUCUUUUAGAUAAGAGUAAGAUUCACUCUCUGUACUUUCAUUUUCUGUAACCGCUUAUCCUGCUGGGGGUCGCGGGGGGGCUGGAGCCUAUCCCAGCUGGUAUCGGGCGAGAGGCAGGGUACACGCUGGACAGGUCGCCAGACUAUCACAGGGCUGACACAUAGAGACAGACAACCAUUCACACUCACAUUCACACCUACGGACAAUUUAGAGUCACCAAUUAACCUGCAUGUCAAGCAGGAGUACCUGGAGAAAACCCACGCUGACACAGGGAGACCAGUGGUGCACAGAAGGGCUCCCCCACUCUGGGUUCAGACCAGAGGGCGGGAACCCUCUUGCUGAGAGGCAACAAUGCUAACCACCAUGCCGCCCUACUUUCUGCACUCAAACAACUAUUACCAGCACUCCUGUCUAACUCUCACUCACACUUCCAUGGUUUUCCUCUUGCAACAAGUCACCUCUCGUGAGAUUUCAAAAUGAGACCUCUCGUUCGCGAGACUUGGACACAAACCACACCAGAGCAAGAGAAAGAUAUAGAAAGACCUUCAUUUCUUUGUAGGGUCCUUCAUGUAUUGUUGUUAGACACUCAUAAAAACAAUCUGAGCAUGUUAGUGCCAAAAAACAAGGACUUUUUAAAACUUUAAUUAAUUCAAAUGUUCUCAAGAGGCAAGCGUACAAAACAUAACAUCACAAAACUGGUUGAUAAAAGGCAAAAAACAGCCACUGCACUUACAUAAUAAGAGACAAUAUGGUGAGGUUAAAUGAUAAUUAUCGUGUGCAUCGUUCAACUGUAUACCCGGUGUCCCCAGUUCAGACAUUUGUCCACAGUUUUUAGAUCCAGAUUAUAUUUAGGUAACACAGAUUCCAACGGUUUCUUCCAUUUCUGUAGAUAACGAGUCCUUACAUCAAUACAAUGUCUAAUUUAUUCCAGAGUCACAACCUUAAGGGAUCAGAGAUUUCCACAUAGAAAUAGGAGGGUCCUCACUGACCCACUUAACCAUGAUGGCUCUCCUCACUAGCAUUAUUAAAGAUGGAACCACUUCCUCUUGUCAUCUCAAAGAGUCAGAGACAAUAACAUGCAGAUGUAAAAGAUUUGCUGACAAAUGUCUCACAGAAUAACUGAACUUUGUGCAGCCUACAUGAGUUUUAAUGGACGUAGAUUGACGAGUGGUUACAUUGCAGCAUAUUUUGUCGCUGCAGGCUUCAGCGCUCUCACUGCACUGCGCCAAUGUAAAAAAUUGUUCUCAUGACUCAGUCCGACACAAAAACCUGUGAAAAUAGGAUCCAGGUUGAAAAACACCAGAGUCCGCUUUAACUUUUCCUUUUUGGCCUCGUGGGUUAACUCGUCAUUGAACACAGCAUUGGUUGAAGCUUCAGAUAAAUGGUGGCGUCAGCCGGUGUUCCCUAGAAUCUUGCAGAACUUGAUCGAUGGUCGAUUUGGCCGAGCUGCUUGCACUUGCUGAACCCAUCAUAUUUGCACAGUAUUAACAGGUGGAGGUGAAUGUUUGAGUGGAAGCUUGAGCAUGACUUUAAAACAUUGUGUGGAGAUUUUGUUUUUCUUCCCAAGGGGGCUCUGUAAAUCCAUCUAUGAUUUUUAUUUUUUAUUUUUAAACCAGUUUUUUAAAGGUUUCUCAUAAAUGCCAAAUUAUAGUUUACUAAAGCAUUUUGCACAAAAUAAACACAAAAAUUAUGAAAAUGUCACUUUUUAUAUUAUGUACAUGCAAUUAAGUAUUCUGAACAUUUACUAAUAUCUUUAUCAUCCAUAGCUUAUUGUAAUCAAAUAGAUCAAAUGUAAUCUAAGCUGUAUAGAACAAAGUUUAAAUGGACUAACAUUUAUCAUUGUUUACAUAAUGUUUAGGGGACUUUUAGUUAAAUGUAAAGUGUUUACAAAUUCUACAUCUGAUUUUCUUUGUCUUGUGCUUUUAUUAUUUUAGGCGAGUGACGGUGUUGUGGGGCGAAUUGUGUUAGAGGGCUUCAGUUCAUUGUCAUUUGUACGUACAUUGUGCCAAUCAUCUCAGAGGAUUUAGCCGAGAAGGUGCUUUGGUGAAGUGGCUGAUGUGAUCACGACUGCUGGAGUGAACAGUUUCUAGAGCGCAGGCAACAAAAUGAACAUAUCCCACUGUUUUUAUAAGAACUGUAAUUCCAAUUUUAUUUGCUGUCAGCGUCUGUUGAGCUGCGUCUCGAAGCCUCUAAAUGUAAAUCGAUGCCAACCUAUCAACAGCUUUACUCUCACUGGUAGCCAGAACUGUAAACGAAAUGUUCUCAAUAUAAAUGUCUCGUUCUUUCACCGCUGUGCUUUCUCCUGUCUUCAGUUGCAUUCACAGUGCGGUGGUGGGGGGGGAUUCAGACGCCACUAUUCGUUUUUAUUUUCUUGAUUCCUGUCGAUACACAGAAGCUGCAAAGGUCCUGGAUGUUAAUAAAUGUGUAGGUGCCAAAUUGAAGUACAUUUAUCAUCAGCAUCACUUUUACAGAAAAUGUCAUUUUUCAUGAUAAUUGUAUUGACUUGAUUCAUUCCACUACUUUUAUUUUGAGUUUAGUGGUGAGGUCAGUGACAACUGUCAUGAUGCUAAAAUAAACUGAAAUUAGGUGA